AUGCCUCCGCUCAAAGUUCUCAUCUGUGGCGGUGGUUGCGCUGGGCCCGCGCUGGCUUACUGGCUGGCCCGGACUGGUCAUCACGUCACCAUUGUCGAACGUUUUCCUGCCCUGAGGGCGACCGGGGCUCAAAUUGAUCUACGUGGCCAAGGGAUUGAAGUGGUCAGGCGCAUGGGUCUCGAUGAUACUAUCCGCCGCAGCCUAGUCGACGAGGCUGGAGUGUCUUUUGUGGAUUUCAAUGGAAAUGUCAAAGCCACCGUCAUGGCCAACAAGACUGGCAAGGGGACACAAAGCCUCACGUCGGAGUAUGAGAUUAUGCGCGGGGAUCUCGUGCGCAUUUUGUUCCAAGCAACAAAAGACAAUGCCAAAUAUAUAUUCGGUAAAACGGUUGACCACUUCACCCAAGACGACAAUUCCGUUACCGCUUAUUUCUCCGAUGGCUCAUCUGACACUUAUGACCUCCUAGUCGGGGCAGAUGGUCAAGGGUCGCGCAUUCGAAAGGCGAUUCUGCCACCUGAUGCCCCGGACCCUUAUCGACGGCUCGGUAUCCACAUGGCAUACUGGUCCAUUCCCCGCGAGGAAGGAGACGACAACAUUCGCAGAAGCUACAUUACACCUGGUGGUCGGAUGAUCAUGCGCCGAACUCAUAGUUUGACUCAGACUCAAGUCUACUUUUUCCUGAAAGAUGAUUCCCCCGAACUAUCGAGUGUUCCCCGAGCACCGGCUGAAAAGCAGAAAGAGUUCUGGACCCAAAGGUUUCAUGAUGCACAAUGGCAAGCUAGCCGAUUCCUGGAGGGUAUGAAGAGCACGGAGAACUGGUACUGCCAGGAGGUCGUGCAAGUACACACAGAUACCUGGUACAAGGGCCGAGUGGUUCUGCUUGGCGAUGCGUCAAGUUGCCCCUCUCCUUUCAGUGGCAUGGGCACAACCGGAAGCCUGGUCGGUGCUUAUGUCCUAGCUGGUGAGAUCAAUCGACACCGAGGAGAUAUUUCGAAGGCUUUUGUGAACUAUGAUAAGAUUUUCCGGCCAUUUGUGGAUGAAGUCCAAGAUAUCAACAUUUUCUUGCUGCGGUUGGCGAUUCCAGAGUCUUGGUGGGGCAUUGCAAUUAUGCAAUUCAUCUUGAGGCUCCUUUGCUUUCUUCGCAUCCCCCAGAUAGUCUCGCGGUUUUCAAAGGAGAGAGACGGAGACUGGAAGCUGCCUGAGUAUCCCGAACUCAGAGAGACAGGGCAUUCGGACGAAUGA